UUGUGUGAACAUGGUUGUGCGUUGGUUUUUUUUUUUUUUCCUGCUGGAUUGGUUCUGCUGCUUCCAGUGCUCUUUUUCCAGGUGGGUUGCCUGAGAUCAGGUUUGGUUCAGGCGUUGGAAAUAAGGGCAGAGCUGACAAUGUGGCAACUGAUGGCACCUUAAUUUGUGGAAGGUAAAUAGGUAGCUUGUAGGUAAAUGCAGGGUUUUUUCACCUGACUUGCUGUGACCAGCUGCCUAGAAGCAGAUCUUAGGAAAGCGGAGACCACUUCCCACUAGAGAAAAAUGUAUUAUAUUCAAUUCGAAGCUUCCUGUUACCCUUUAAAUCUGGUAAGAGCUCCUCAAGUCCUUUCCGUGAGGAGGAAGGGGAUUUUUGCAUACUGCUUAAGAUGAACGUUCAUUUUCUACCCAGGUGCAGAAGUUCUCCACUUUCUGCACUUGGACUAUGCUUAUUUCUGCUUUUGCUCAGUGGUGAUGCAGUAACUACACUGAAUAUUUGGUCCAUUCCUCAAGCAGGUAACUACAUACAGUGCAUGUAGUGUCCAAUCUAACAGACCACUUUUGGUGGUCUCUUGGACCAGAUGGAGACUCCUCCACCUUCCUCCACCUUCUCCAGACAAAUCCUUACAUGCAGCAGCAGCAGAGUUUCCCCAGGAAAAGCAUGAGGAAGGAGUACUGAAAACCCAAAGUGCACAAGCAGUAUCUGAGUACUGCAGGCAGAUAAACCUCAGAAAUGCUAGAUAUUUUUUUCUAGUAUUUGAGGAAGAAAUGCAAAAAACAUUGAACUGCUGCUGCCUGCCUGAUAGUGAAAUGCCAAAGGAGAAACACUCGUGUUAACAGUACUUGUAUUGAAAACAAAUGGUAUUGUAGUGCAAUAGGUGUUUGCUCCUGGGGUGAGUUGCAGGGGAGGGGCCUAAGGCCCCGCCCCUGCCCCUCCCCUACCCCACCCCUGUGGGCUCCAUGGCUGCAACAGGCACCACCACCUCCUCCUGCCCCAUCCCGGGGAGCCACCAUCUCCUCAUCCCAGAGGGCUACAGCUCCACGCCGGGUGGUACAGUCUACUCUACCACACCAGGGGGUACCCGCAUCAUCUACGACCGCAAGUUCCUGCUGGAGUGCAAGAAUUCGCCCGCGGCCAGGACCCCUCCCUGCUGCCUGCCCCAGAUCCCCGGUGUCACAUCCCUGGCCCAGUCCAGCCUCGUCAAGCUGGAGGAGCUCAAGGAGCGGAAUGAGAGCGAAGAAGCCAUGCCAGAUCAAGACCAGUUUGAGAUGGACAUCUGAGUUUCCAGCUCCCCGUCUCCAGGCCAUGGCUGGGCCUGUUCCUGGGCCUCGUGGAGUUGCUGGCACCGUGACCAGCUGGCUGCAGCCCUCUCUGAUGCUGGGGAUGGAUGUGUGACACCUCAGGCUCUAGCACAACUGGCUGGUGCAAUUGCCUAGGAGCUCAUGCUUGAUCAAUAAACACCAUGAACCCCC